AUUAUUUUGGGUGGAUGGGUACCCUCUGUUCUUCAGUAUUGCAGUUGGUUGUUUAAUGACAAUAUUAUCUUUACUAUGUUAUUAAGUGGUGAUUUAUUAUUAACAUUUCAGUCGAUCUUUAUAAUACAUGUACUACCAUUAAUAAUGAUAAGGCAUUGCAACUGCUACAUUCCAUGUUAUCGUAUCAACAACUGCAGGCGAUAUCAUAUAGAAUAAAAUAUGAAAAGACGUUAGAAAAAAAUCAAAACUCGUUACCUGUUUUUAGCGGCUAUUGUUAUCUUGAGGUUAUACAACUUCCACAAGUUCUGUUACAGUAAUAACAUGUCGUUAUAUAUAGGUAUAAGGAUGACAUACACUGGGGACGUUAACAUGGGUAUGUCUGUGUGCGUGCAUAUGGUUUUAUCGGUUUGAUUAAAUUAUAUACGUAAAAUGCCACAGAUCCACGUGCUACCACAGUUUAUGCUAACAAAAAUAUCCACCAAUCACACUGCUAUCUUAGCCCAUGAAAAAUAAAGCAGAGCAUACUCUAAUCUACAAACGAUAUAUAAAUUCAGUUACGCAAACAAAACACUUCACUCGCAGCCGAAUAUUGUUUCAGACUUUGAAUGCUUGCUACGAAGGGGCAACGUCAGAAAUAGGAAACAUGGACACCACAGCGAGCAGGGCUCCGGCAUCUAAAGGGGCCCUCAAUUUCUCAUUAGCCAUCAUUUCCACUACCAUUCUUUCGUCUGUAUUGCUAGGACUAUUUCUGUGGAGAAUGUACCUUCGAUGGACAGUCAAAUGCCAAAGCAAGAAUCGCCUUGAUGGAAAAACUGUAAUUAUAACAGGUGGCAGUUCUGGAAUUGGGAAAGCUACAGGAUACGAGUUGGCCUCGCGUGGAGCGCGGGUUAUCUUGGCAUGUCGCAAUGAAAAAUUGGGUGAUGCUGUUGCCAGAAAAAUCACCAAGAGGACAGGAAACAGCGAUGUUCGUGCAAUGUACCUGGACUUGUCUAGUCUUCACUGUAUAAAAGAUUUUGUGAAAAAAUUCCAAGAAAAUGAGAAUAGAUUGAAUAUUUUAAUCAAUAAUGCAGCAUACCUUGGACCGAAAGCGGCCACGGUAGAUGGAUAUGAGAAGACCUUUGGAAUUAACUACUUGGGUCAUUUUUACCUGACAUAUCUUCUACACGAUUUAUUGAUGAAAAGUGCCCCUGCCCGCAUCAUCAACCUCUCGUCCAAUUCCUACGUUAAAGGAAAAUUGGAUUUCGAUGAUCUUUCCCUGGUGAACUAUGAAAUGUUUGAGGCAUAUACCAGAAGUAAAAUGGCUAUAAUGCAUUUCACAGUCGAGGCACAUCGCAUGUGGUUUCCGGAUGCCAUUAUGGCCUUCUCCGUACACCCUGGAUGCGUUGCGACAGAUAUUAUGAGACUGAUGCCGGGAUUGGUUGGGAAAUUUCUCCGAAAAUUUGCGGGGUUUAUGUUCAAAUCACCAGAAGACGGCUGUCAAACGAUUGUAUAUUGUGCAGUUGCAGAUGGUUUAAAGGAAGAAUCCGGAAAGUUCUUCGAAAAUUGUAAAGUCGUUCCGACAAUAGAUUGUGUGCGAGACAAAAACAUUUGCAAAAAGCUGUGGCUUUUGAGUCUUCAUCUGUGUGCGUUAGAUGAGACCCACCCUGACAUUACAUUGCAAACGAACACUGAGAAGUAGAAUCGUAUAAACGCAGACAACUGUUACAGGAAACUUCCUGAUGUGAAGAAUUCAAGCUGCAAAGAAGAUUAACCUACUCGCCAGGAACCGGCAGUGAAGCGUGUAGAGACAUCAGUCAUUUGAUAAAUAAACUUCCUUUCUCAAUAAAUUACUUUCAACUCAGA